AUGGUUUCUCCAUCAGAUUCUCUCAACAUGCAUCCCGACCAGGGAGACAUGGAAUCCAAACUUGAAGACAAAGAGUCUCGCCCUCCAUCCUCCCAGAGUCAACGCUUAGCCUCCCCUUCUGCCACUACCCUGACCUUCACGGCAGUGGCCAUCCUUCGAGCCCGCAGAAUCCGCGCCAGACGUCUGAACAACAGAAGAGCUCAUCAGUUCGCCAAGCGCCUCAGAGCUGUCCUCAAUGCUAGCGAUGAGGGCGAUUUACUCAAGGGACUGAAAGGGUCGAAGGCUGCCAAGAUCAUGAAAGGCAUGAUUUCCAAGCGACGCCUCCAAAUCAAAGCGCGAUUCCGCCGCCAGCAAGCAAAGCUAGGCUCAUUGGACUCCCAGGCAUCUUCAGCUUCCCCGGAAGAAUCAAAGCCAGAGCUCAAGGUUGAAACCAAAGAGCCAGAUCCAGCCACGCAGAUUCCCCUCCCUGAGAUCUUCAAGGGCCCUCUUUCCAAGCGCCGUCGCAGAAUCCAAGCGCGCUUGCAGGCCAAACUCAAAGUCGCCGAGCCAAAGGUUCCCAUCAGUCCUCAGUCUCCAAGUGGAGAGAAGGAGUCAAAGCCAAAGGUUGAGCAACAGAACGCAGCCACGAAGAGGCGUGAUCGACGUGAGCGUAUGAAGCGGGCCAGGAAGCAGUCUGACCGCGGCAAACAAACCUCCCAUGCCAGAGUGCGUGAUCCGAACUGGAAGUCAGGCGUUUCUAUGCGUCAGGCCAUGUUGUGA